AAAAGUCGACUCUUGCUAUAUCCAAAACAACUUCUGGUCAGUCCUGAUACUGGUCAUCUACUCCAUCCUCCCGGCAAUCAUUCUGUCCGUAUUGACCCUUGUCCUGCUGGUGUUUCAUUUUAGGAAGAAGGAACGAAUGGCACGUGAACAGAACAAACAACCAACAAAAGGUGAACACGUCAUACAUUGAACUGACCACGUCAUACAUUGAAUUGACCACGUCAUAGAAAUGAACUGACCACGUUAUACAAUGAACUGACCACGUCAUACAUUGAACUGACCACGUCAUGGAAUGAACUGACCACGUCAUACAUUGAAAUGACCAUGUCAUGCAUUGAACUGACAACGUCAUACAUUGAACUGACCACGUUAUACAUUGAAUUGACCACGUUAAACAUUGAAUUGACCAAGUUUUAAAUUGAAUUGACCACGUUUUACAUUGAAUUGACCUUGUUAUACAUUGAAUUGACCACGUUCUACAUUAAAUUAACCACGUUAUACAUUGAAUUGACAACGUUAUACAUUGAAUUGACCACGUUAUACAUUGAAUUGACCACGUUAUACAUUGAACUGACCACGUUAUACAUUGAAUUGACCAGGUUAUACAUUGAAUUGACCACGUUAUACAUUGAAUUAACCACGUUAUACAUUGAAUUGACCACGAUUAACAUUGAACUGACCACGUUAUACAUUGAACUGACUAGGUUAUACAUUGAAUUGAUCACGUUAUACAUUGAAUUGACCACGUUAUACAUUGAAUUGACCACGUUGUACAUUGAACUGACCACGUCAUACAUUGAACUGACCAACGUCAUACAUUGAACUAACCACGUCAUACAUUGAAUUGACCACGUCCUAUAUUGAACUGACCACGUCAUACUUUGAACUGACUAUGUCAUACAUUGAAUUGACCACGUCAUACAUUGAACUGACUAUGUAAUACAUUGAAUUGACCACGUCAUACAUUGAACUGACUAUGUCAUACAUUGAAUUGACAACGUCAUACAUUGAACUGACUAUGUCAUACAUUUAAUUGACAACGUCAUACAUUGAACUGACUAUGUCAUACAUUGAAUUGACAACGUCAUACAUUGAAUUGACCGGGUUAUACAUUGAAUUGACGACGUUAUACAUUGAACUGACCACGUCAUACAUCGAACUGACCACGUCAUAUAUUGAACUGACUAUGUCAUACAUUGAAUUGACCACGUCAUACAUUGAACUGACCAACGUCAUACAUUGAACUGACCACGUCAUAAUUUGAACUGACCACGUCAUACAUUAAACUGACUACGUCAUACAUUUAACUGACUACGUCAUACAUUGAACUGACUACGUCAUACAUUGAAUUGACCACGUCAUAUAUUGAAUAGACCACGUCAUACAUUGAACUGACUACGUCAUACAUUGAACUGACUACGUAAUACAUUGAACUGACCACGUUAUACAUUGAACUGACUACGUCAUACAUUGAAUUGACCACGUUAUACAUUGAAUUGACCAUGUCAUACAUUGAAUUGACCACGUUAUACAUUGAACUGACCACGUCAUACAUUGAACUGACUACGUCAUACAUUGAAUUGACCAUGUCAUACAUUGAAAUAACCACGUAAUACAUUGAACUGACCACGUCAUACAUUGAACUGACUAUGUCAUACAUUGAACUGACCACGUCAUACAUCGAACUGACUACGUCAUACAUUGAAUUGACCACGUUAUACAUUGAACUGACUACGUCAUACAUUGAACUGUUUACGUAAUAAAUUGAACUGACCACGUUAUACAUUGAAUUGACCACGUUAUACAUUAAAUUGACCAUGUUAUACAUUGAAUUGACCACGUAAUACAUUGAAUUGACCACGUCAUACAUUAAUUUUACCACGAUAUACAUUGAACUGACCAUGUCAUUUAUUGAAUUGACCAGGUCAUGCAUUGAACUGACUACGUCAUACAUUGAAUUGACCACGAUAUACAUUGAAUUGACCACGUUAUACAUUGAACUGACCACGUUAUACAUUGAAUUGACCAGGUUACACAUUGAAUUGACCACGUUAUACAUUGAAUUAACCACGUUAUACAUUGAAUUGACCACGAUUAACAUUGAACUGACCACGUCAUACAUUGAACUGACUACGUCAUACAUUGAAUUGACCAUGUCAUACAUUGAACUAACCACGUAAUACAUUGAACUGACCACGUCAUACAUUGAACUGACUACGUCAUACAUUUAACUGACUACGUCAUACAUUGAACUGACUACGUCAUGCAUUGAAUUGACCACGUCAUAUAUUGAAUAGACCACGUCAUACAUUGAACUGACUACGUCAUACAUUGAACUGACUACGUAAUACAUUGAACUGACCACGUUAUACAUUGAACUGACUACGUCAUACAUUGAAUUGACCACGUUAUACAUUGAAUUGACCAUGUCAUACAUUGAAUUGACCACGUUAUACAAUGAAUUGACCACGUCAUACAUAGAACUGACCACGUCAUGGAAUGAACUGACCACGUCAUACAUUGAAAUGACCAUGUCAUGCAUUGAACUGACAACGUCAUACAUUGAACUGACCAAGUUAUACAUUGAAUUGACCACGUUAAACAUUGAAUUGACCAAGUUUUAAAUUGAAUUGACCACGUUUUACAUUGAAUUGACCACGUUAUACAUUGAAUUGACCACGUUCUACAUUAAAUUAACCACGUUAUACAUUGAAUUGACAACGUUAUACAUUGAAUUGACCACGUUAUACAUUGAAUUGACCACGUUAUACAUUGAACUGACCACGUUAUACAUUGAAUUGACCAGGUUAUACAUUGAAUUGACCACGUUAUACAUUGAAUUAACCACGUUAUACAUUGAAUUGACCACGAUUAACAUUGAACUGACCACGUUAUACAUUGAACUGACUAGGUUAUACAUUGAAUUGAUCACGUUAUACAUUGAAUUGACCACGUUAUACAUUGAAUUGACCACGUUGUACAUUGAAAUGACCACGUCAUACAUUGAAUUGACCACGUUAUACAUUGAACUGACCACGUCAUACAUUGAACUGACCAACGUCAUACAUUGAACUGACCACGUCAUACAUUGAAUUGACCACGUCCUUUAUUGAACUGACCACGUCAUACUUUGAACUGACUAUGUCAUACAUUGAAUUGACCACGUCAUACAUUGAACUGACUAUGUCAUAUAUUGAAUUGACCACGUCAUACAUUGAACUGACUAUGUCAUACAUUGAAUUGACAACGUCAUACAUUGAGCUGACUAUGUCAUACAUUGAAUUGACAACGUCAUACAUUGAACUGACUAUGUCAUACAUUGAAUUGACAACGUCAUACAUUGAAUUGAACGCGUUAUACAUUGAAUUGACGACGUUAUACAUUGAACUGACCACGUCAUACAUUGAACUGACCACGUCAUAUAUUGAACUUACUAUGUCAUACAUUGAAUUGACCACGUCAUACAUUGAACUGACCAACGUCAUACAUUGAACUGACCACGUCAUACAUUGAACUGACCACGUCAUACAUUAAACUGACUACGUCAUACAUUUAACUGACUACGUCAUACAUUGAACUGACUACGUCAUACAUUGAAUUUACCACGUCAUAUAUUGAAUAGACCACGUCAUACAUUGAACUGACUACGUCAUACAUUGAACUGACUACGUAAUACAUUGAAGUGACCACGUUAUACAUUGAACUGACUACGUCAUACAUUGAAUUUACCACGUUAUACAUUGAAUUGACCAUGUCAUACAUUGAAUUGACCACGUUAUACAUUGAAUUGACCACGUUCUACAUUGAACUGACUACGUCAUACAUUGAAUUGACCAUGUCAUACAUUGAACUAACCACGUAAUACAUUGAACUGACCACGUCAUACAUUGAACUGACUACGUCAUACAUUGAACUGACCACGUCAUACAUUGAACUGACUACGUCAUACAUUGAAUUGACCACGUUAUACAUUUAAUUGACCACGUCAUACAUUGAAUUGACCUAGUCAUACAUUGAACUGACUACGUCAUACAUUGAACUGUUUACGUAAUAAAUUGAACUGACCACGUUAUACAUUGAAUUGACCACGUUAUACAUUAAAUUGACCAUGUUAUACAUUGAAUUGACCAAGUAAUACAUUGAAUUGACCACGUCAUACAAUAAUUUUACCACGAUAUACAUUGAACUGACCAUGUCAUUUAUUGAAUUGACCAGGUCAUGCAUUGAACUGACUACGUCAUACAUUGAAUUGACCACGUUAUACAUUGAACUGACCGCGUCAUACAUUGAACUGACUACGUCAUACAUUGAAUUGACCACGUUAUACAUUGAACUGUCCACGUCAUUCAUUGAACUGACUACGUCAUACAUUGACUUGACCACGUCAUACAUUUAACAGACCACGUCAAACAUUGAAUUGACCACGUUAUACAUUGAAUUGACCGCGUUAUACAUUGAAUUGACGACGUUAUACAUUGAACUGACCACGUCAUACAUUGAACUGACCACGUCAUAUAUUGAACUGACUAUGUCAUACAUUGAAUUGACCACGUCAUACAUUGAACUGACCAACGUCAUACAUUGAACUGACCACGUCAUACAUUGAAUUAAACACGUCCUACGUUGACAUGAACUGACCACGUCAUACUUUGAACUGACUAUGUCAUACAUUGAAUUGACCACGUCAUACAUUGAACUGACUAUGUCAUACAUUGAAUUGACAACGUCAUACAUUGAACUGACUAUGUCAUACAUAGAAUUGACAACGUCAUACAUUGAACUGACUAUGUCAUACAUUGAAUUGACAACGUUAUACAUUGAACUGACUAUGUCAUAGAUUGAAUUGACAACGUCAUACAUUGAACUGACUACGUCAUACAUUGAAUUGACCACGUUAUAUAUUUAAUUGACCACGUCAUACAUUGAAUUGACCAUGUCAUACAUUCAACUGACUACGUCAUACAUUGAACUGACUACGUAAUACAUUGAACUGACCACGUUAUACAUUGAAUUGACCACGUUAUACAUUGAAUUGAUCACGUUAUACAUUAAAUUGACCACGUUAUACAUUGAAUUGACCACGUAAUACAUUGAAUUGACCACGUCAAACAUUGAUUUCACCACGUUAUACAUUGAACUGACCAUGUCAUUCAUUGAAUUGACCAGGUCAUACAUUGAACUGACUACGUCAUAUAUUGAAUUGACCACGUUAUACAUUGAACUGUCCACGUCAUACAUUGAACUGACUACGUCAUACAUUGAAUUGACCACGUCAUACAUUUAACUGACCACGUCAUACAUUGAAUUGACCACGUUAUACAUUGAAUUGACAGCGUUAUACAUUGAAUUGACGAAGUUAUACAUUGAACUGACCACGUCAUACAUUGAACUGACCACGUCAUAUAUUGAACUGACUAUGUCAUACAUUGAAUUGACCACGUCAUACAUUGAACUGACCAACGUCAUACAUUGAACUGACCACGUCAUACAUUGAAUUGACCACGUCCUAUAUUGAACUGACCACGUCAUACUUUGUACUGACUAUGUCAUACAUUGAAUUGACCACGUCAUACAUUGAACUGACUAUGUCAUACAUUGAAUUGACAACGUCAUACAUUGAACUGACUAUGUAAUACAUUGAAUUGACAACGUCAUACAUUGAACUGACUAUGUCAUACAUUGAAUUGACAACGUCAUACAUUGAACUGAGUAUGUCAUACAUUGAACUGACCACGUUUUACACUGAACUCACCACAUUAUGCUUUUAAAUGACCAUAUUCAUACGUUGCACUGACCAUGGUAUACAUUGAACUGACCAAGUCAUACAUUGAAAUUAUUACGUUAUACAUUGAACUUACCACGUUAUACAUUGAACUGCCCAAGUCAUACAUUGAUUUGACCACGUCAUACAUUGAACUGACUAUGUCAUUCAUUAAACUGUUAACAUUUAUUGCACUGACCACGUUAUACAUUGAAUUGACCAAAACAUACAUUGAAAUGACCACGUUAUACAUUGAAAUGACCAAGUCAUCCAUUGAACUGACCACGUCAUCAAUAAUAAUGACCACGUUUUUCAUUAAAAUGAAAACGUAAUACCUUGAACUGAGCAUGUGAUACAUUGACAUGACAACGCUAUACACACGCUGAACUGACUAAGCUAUCAAUUAAAAUGACCACGUCAUCCUUUAAAAUGACAACGUCAUUCAUUGCACUGACCAUGUCAUACAUUGAACUGAACACGUCAUACAUUGAACUGAACACGUCAUCUAUUGACAUAACCAUGUAAUUCAUUGAAAUGAACACGUCAUUUUUUUAAAUGAACGCGUCAUCCAUUGACUGAAAACGUCAUACAUUAAACUGAACACGUUGAAAUGACCACGUCAUCCAUUGAACUGAUCACAUAUAUUGAAAUAACCACAUAUUGAACUGACCACAUUCAUUUAACUGACCACAUAAAAUAUUUGUAAAAUUGGUGGUAGGAAAAAGAGAGUAAUUGUCUUUUACAUUGGCGUGUCAUGUUAUUAUCCUCUACAAAUUGAACCCUGUUUGUAAACAGCUUGGUUUUGAAACAACACUGUUUGGGAAUCUAUUAUUUGUAAAGAUACUAUUUAUAAAGACAUUGCUUCUGAAGACAUUCUUUGUGGAGACACUGCUUGUGACGGCAGGGUUUGUAAAGAUAUUGUUAAGAAACUGCUUGUAAAUCCUCUGCAUGUGAACGACUCUGAGACCGAUAAUUGCUCUACUCUAUCCCAACCACAGUCAGUCGUCACAUGAUCACACUGGUCAUCGUAUCUAGCGUCCACUUUGUCUUCAGUAUCAUUCCCCUUCUGAUGGGCAACCUGAUGGGGGCCGUCCUGUUUAGAUACAACAACCCAGUGGAGCGAGCCAAGGCAGAGCUGAGUAACUGAGAUUUUCAUCUUUGUAGGAUGUGUGCUCCAUCGUGUUGCUAGAUCUGUGUUAUCCAAUGCUGUGUCAGAUAUGUUGCUAGAUGUGUUGUCCUAUGGUGUGAUGGAUGUGUUUCCUUGUGUGUUGUCCAGUGUUGUGCCGGAUGUGUUGUUAAUUGUAUGUUGUCCAGUGCUGUGCCGGAUGUGUCGUUAAUUGUAUGUUGUCCAGUGUUGUGCCGGAUGUGUUGUUAAUUGUAUGUUGUCCAGUGUUUUGCCAGAUGUGUUGUUAAUUGUAUGUUGUCCAGUGUUGUGUCGGAUGAGUUGUUAAUUGUAUGUUGUCCAGUGUUGUUCCGGAUGUGUUGUUAAUUGUAUGUUGUCCAGUGUUGUGUCGGAUGUGUUGCCGAUGGGUUGUAAUUCUGUUUUCAUCAGACACAGGUAUAAUCCAAAACACAAAACUAUCGCAUCCACCAAACAUUCAACAAACUCUAUUCAAUACAAGGUAAGCAGCGUUUAUGUUAGACAAGCAGUUCGGGGCAGGGAAAAGCAGUUUUUUUGGAUGGGCAUGCAAGAGGCGUAGGAAAUGCAAAGUAGGCGGUCUGCCCUCGUUAAUAACGCGUCCAAAAAAAAAAAAUUAAUAGAAAAAUGAGAUCGUGUGAAAUGAAGAAAGUAAUGUAUUCGACCAAAUUUCCGUCGAUCGACUUUCCGUCGACGAAAUUUCUUUCAAACAAAUGUCCGGAUACGACCUCCGACGUCUUCAUCUAAAAUAAAUUAAAUUCAUCUUAGUUGAGGUUAUGUUUGUACACCCCACAUCUCACAAAGUUUCGCCGCUGGAAUUGACAUAGCCCAGCUAUUAAUACAAAAUUAAAGAAAACAGGUAAGUCAGUUCAAGAAAAUAAUAUUUAAGUCCUAAGGUCCAGCCUUGAAAGAAAAGAGAUGUCUGCUAUAAACACUGUUGACCAUAAAAUCCUUUUUCAAAACCCUUGAAAAUUACUUUGGAAUUUCUGGUUCAGUUUUGGCUUGGUCAGGGUCCUACCUCUCUAAUAGAACGCAAGUUGUCUCUGUCGAUGGCUGUCCCUCCGGCAAGGCUGAUUUUGGUGUACGGAGUGCCACAGGGGUCCAUUUUGGGCCAGGUUCUAUUCACAUUGUAUACCAGACCACUGCUCCUCUUGCUUGGGAGGCAUGCUGUUGAGAACCAGUCAUUUGCAUAUGACACGCAGGUAUACAAGCAUACCCAUCCAUCGUGUGUCGAUUCCGCUUUCCAGACUUUGCAGGCGUGCAUUGAUGAUGUCAAGUCAUGGAUGACACUCAGCAAGUUGAAGCUUAAUGAUGACAAAACAGAAGCACUCCUCAUUUACAAUUACAAAUCAUCCUCUACCUCAACACUUCCCACCUUAUUUCAAGUAGGUAACUCCGACAUACACUUUAUUUAUUUUUACAAUUAUUAAAAACAUGUAAACUAAGUAAAAUAAAAAUGAGACACUAGGAUAGUAACCACUAUACUAUAGAAACAAUUAAAUGGCUAUAAAGCGAGGACAAUUUGGCACGUUUUGGCCCAUACUACAAGAUCAACCGGAGACAGAAAAUGAGGCAGGGCAAGGAUAGUGCAUCACAGGUCAUAGGCGGACCUAAACAGAUGGGUGUUAAGGGACUUUUUGAAAGUGGACGAGGUUUUACAAUUGACGGAUAUGGAAGGGGAGCUGGUUCCAGAACGUGGGCCCAUGGAAGUAGAAGGAGCGUUCACCGGUGGUCUUAGUUUUGGUUCUUGGGAUUGAGAGGGUUGUAUUGUCAAUGGAAGAGCGUAGCUGUCUUGUUUAGACCCUCUGCUAGGAAUCUUGUUUAUAUUCUUUCUAACAACAUGUCUCUCGAUAAACAUAUCUCUCACAUUUGUCGUUCGGCAUACACCGCUAUCCGUCAGAUCAGCUCCAUACGCCACUACCUCACAGUUAGCAAAAAAAAACUCUAGUCUGCGCUCUUGUUUUCUCUCGUCUUGACUAGUGCAACUCUCUUCUGUCAUGUUCAUCAAAACACUGCAUAGAAAAAAUGCAGAAAGUUCAAAACUCUGCUGCGAGGCUUGUUCUAAAAGCAAAAAAAGAAACCACGUCACUCCACUCUCUUCAUUGGCUCCCUAUAGAGGCACGCAUUGACUACAAGCUGUCUUUUCUCUGUCACAACUCUUUCUCGGAUUCCUGCCCUUCCUAUCUAACUGAACUUCUUUCUGUCUAUUCACCCCUUCGACAACUUCGCUCCUCCGCAGACUCGCGUAUUCUGUCCGUUCCCAAGACACGCACUAAAUUAUAUGGUGAACGAUCUUUCUCUUUCUGCGCCGCUAAACAAUGGAAUUCUUUGCCACUACACAUCCGCAAUGCACCAACCACCCAGGCCUUCAAAACUGCACUCAAAACACAUCUCUUUAAACUAUAUUACCCUGACUGAUUCCCCUCCUCUGACCGAUAAAUGAUCCUGCUGGCUGCCGUCCAUGGUUUGCCUUGUAAAAUUUCUGGGGUGGGUUUGGGUACCUUUGUUUUUGUCUUUCGACUACUUGCCUUUUUUAAUUUCAUGUAUGCAUUUUAUUUUGAUAUCAUGAUUAGGUCUCUUUUGCUAAAUAUUCUUAUGUACAGCGCGUGAGCCCAGUCCUAAGCUGGGGUACCGCGCUAUAUAAGACAACUAAUUAUUAUUAUUGCAAACAAUAAUGAAUGAAUCAACACCGAUCCAUAUCGAACAACAUGAGGUAGUGGCACGGCUGGAGUGUCCUCUAUUUGUUUUUAAUCUUCGUAUCCUCACAGGGAUAGAGCCUAGGGAUAUUUCAUGGCUUCCGCCACGUCACUAGCACUGAACAGAGUGAUACAAAAGACAGUUCUUUAGCUUUCUUAUUUUAAUCUCAAUUACUAUUACUUCCCAUCCACACAUGGCAUUGUAUUACUUCACAUCCACACAUGGCAUUGUAUUACUUCACAUCCACACAGGGCAUUGUAUUACUUUACAUCCACACAUGGCAUUGUAUUACUUCACAUCCACACAUGGCAUUGUAUUACUUCACAUCCACACAUGGCAUUGUAUUACUUCACAUCACACAUGCAUUGUAUUACUUCACAUCCACACAUGGCAUUGUAUUACUUCACAUCCACACAUGUCAUUGUAUUACUUCACAUCCACACAGGGCAUUGUAUUACUUUUCAUCCACACAUGGCAUUGUAUUACUUCACAUCCACACAUGGCAUUGUAUUACUUCACAUCCACACAUGGCAUUGUAUUACUUCACAUUCACACAUGGCAUUGUAUUACUUUACAUCCACACAUGGCAUUGUAUUACUUCACAUCCACACAUGGUAUUGUAUUACUUCACAUCCACACAUGGCAUUGUAUUACUUCACAUCCCCACAUGUCAUUGUAUUACUUCACAUCCACACAGGGCAUUGUAUUACUUUUCAUCCACACAUGGCAUUGUAUUACUUCACAUCCACACAUGGCAUUGUAUUACUUCACAUCCACACAUGGCAUUGUAUUACUUCACAUUCACACAUGGCAUUGUAUUACUUCACAUCCACACAUGGCAUUGUAUUACUUCACAUCCACACAUGGCAUUGUAUUACUUCACAUCCACACAUGGUAUUGUAUUACUUCACAUCCACACAGGGCAUUGUAUUAUUUCACAUCCACACAGGGCAUUGUAUUACUUCCCAUCCACACAUGGCAUUGUAUUACUUCACAUCCACACAUGCAUUGUAUUACUUGACAUCCACACAUGGCAUUGUAUUACUUCACAUCCACAUAUGUCAUUGUAUUACUUCACAUCCACACAUGUCAUUGUAUUACUUCACAUCCACACGUGGCAUUGUAUUACUUCACAUUCACACAUGGCAAUGUAUUACUUCACAUCCACACAUAUCAUUGUAUUACUUCACAUUCACACAUGGCAUUGUAUUACUUCACAUCCACACAUGGCAUUGUAUUACUUCACAUCCACACAUGGCAUUGUAUUACUUCACAUCCACACAUGGCUUUGUAUUACUUCACAUCCACAGCAUCAUCCAUCACUGUUCAAAUCGUCUACCUCUCCAA